AUGCUCCAUGCGCGUUCCCAUCUUCCCUUCCCCCUGCGCUCAUUGCCAUUCCGCGUUCCCCCACAGCUCGACUGUGGCAUUCUCUCCAACCUCUUGGACUGUGGCAUUCUGUCUGAUCUCGUGCUGGGAGCGCCUGAUGCUCCGCGCUACGUCUUUUGGGACGGCAAGCUGCGUCCCAUUCCCUCGGGUCCCGCCGAUCUGAUCUCCUCGGAUCUGCUGACGCUGGCCGGCAAGCUGCGGGCGGCACUGGGGUUCGUGGGGAUCAGACCACCGCUGCCAGCUGGCAGCAAGGAGGAGAGUGUGUCAGAGUUUGUGACGCGCAACCUCGGCUCGCAGCUGCUGCACCGCCUGGUUGACCCCUUCUGCUCCUGCAUAUUCGCAGGGGAUGCGGAGCAGAUGAGCAUGCAGGCAGCAUUCAACCGCAUAUGGCGCAUGGAGGCAGAGGGGGGCUCGCUGCUGGGCGGCAUGAUUCAGCUGGGGAAGGAGAGGAAGGAGAAGCAGAAGGACAACCCGGCAGAGCCUCGAGACCCCUCUACCUCGCCCCACACCUCACAGCUCUACCUCGCCCCACACCUCACAGGUUCACCCCCACCUGUGGAUGUACCACACUUCUCUUUCCUCCAUUUCUCCUACUCUUCCUUCCACAUCCCCUCCUCCAUCCCUCCUCCAUCCCUCUUCCCUCCCUCGCGCUCUCUGUCACUUUACAUUUUCCUGUCCCUCCCCGCUCCCACCCCCCCUCCCCAUCCCCCUCUCCACCCCCUCCCCAUCCCCCUCUCUCUCCAUCCCCCUCUCCAUCCCCCUCCCCAUCCCCCCCUCCAUCCCUCUCUCCAUCCCCCUCUCCAUCCCUCUCUCCAUCCCCCUCUCCAUCCCUCUCUCCAUCCCCCUCUCCAUCCCUCUCUCCAUCCCACGUCCCCUCCCCCUUCCUCCCUCAUGCCCCCUGCAGUCGUCUCCCCAGGCCUCAGGGCCAGUCAGUGGGGUCAUUCCGCGCAGGGUUGGCCACUCUCACAAGCGCCAUGGGUGACCGGUAGGCUGGGGAGCAGAGUGCGGGUGGGGUGGCGGCUGGUGGGCAUGCAGCAGCGGGCAGGAGGGGGCGCUGUGCUGACAUACGACACGCCACGUGGCACCACACGAGUGGCCGCGCGCUCCGUGCUGCUCACCGUGCCUGCUUACGUUGCUGCUGACGUCAUCAGGGCUUUCUCUGUGAGAACCACUGCUCUUCCUUCUCCCCCCCAGCACUCUCCUCUGCUCCCCCCCAGCAGUAAACAUGUCUCGUACCCACCCUCUCCCCUCCCCCAACCCUUUUCCUUACGUCUGUCCCUCUGUCCCCCCCCCCCCUCCGAGCCCACAGCAGCAGCAGCGCUGGCAGCCAUACCCUACCCGCCCAUGGCAUCUGUGGCCCUCUCUUACCCUGCUGCUGCCGUCAGAGAGGGGACGGGGUGGGCAGGGGGGCUUGUGAGUCGAUUGAUAAUUCACCUCUCUCCUUCCCUCUUCCCCUCUUACACCCUUCCCCCCGCCUCCAGCCCACAGCAGCAGCAGCGCUCCCACAGCAGCAGCAGCCCUGGCAGCCAUACCCCCAUGGCAUCCGUGGCUCUUUCCUACCCAGCUGCUGCUCCCACAGCAGCAGCAGCGCUGGCAGCCAUACCCUACCCGCCCAUGGCAUCCGUGGCCCUCUCUUACCCUGCUGCUGCCGUCAGGGAGGGCGCGGGGCAAGCAGGGGGGCUGCGCGGGUAUGGGCAGCUGCACCCGCGCUCUCAAGAACUGGCCACACUGGGCUGCAUCUACAGUUCUGCCCUCUUCCCCAACAGAGCACCUGACGGUCGCGUGGUGUUCAUCUGCUAUGUGGGCGGUGCGGGGAACGAUGCUGUUGCUGAAAUGUCCCACACAGACCUCAUAGCAGCAGUGGACCGUGACAUGCGCACCACGCUCCUCCAUCCCUCCGCGCCUCCUCCUCUGGCGCUCGGGGUGCGUGUGUGGCCGCGAGCCGUUCCCCAGCUUAAUAUUGGCCACCUUGCAAGAAUAGAGGCGGCAAAGACAGGGAUCGAAGAGGCAGAGAUGGAAGGGGUGUUUCUUGGAGGGAAUUAUUUGACGGGUGUUGCGCUGAGUUGUUUGAGCCAAGUGAGCCUUUCGGGUGAAGCCAAAUCGUCACACGUCGCGCAGAGGCACGUCGCCAGCCGUCGUGGCGCUCGCUGCGAUGCUGCGACGGCGGGGAGCGACGGGAAGCCGCGCGUGCGAUUCGCGCCGUCGCCGACGGGGAACCUGCAUGUGGGCGGGGCUCGCACGGCGCUCUUCAACUGGCUCUUUGCGAGGGCGACGGGCGGCAAGUUCGUGCUGCGCGUGGAGGACACCGAUCUGAACCGCUCCACACCGGAGUCCGAGGCCGCCAUGGUGCGCGACCUGCGGUGGCUGGGGCUCGACUGGGACGAGGGCCCGGACGUGGGCGGUCCCCUGGGCCCGUACCGCCAGUCAGAGCGCAAUGAGAUCUAUCGCGAGCUGACUGAGAAGCUGCUGGCGUCUGGCAUGGUGUACCGCUGCUUCUGCACUGAUGAGGAGCUAGCAGCAAUGAAGGCGGAGCAGGAGGCGAAGAAGCUUCCUCCCAAGUACGCGGGCAAGUGGGCGCGGGCCAGCGAGGACGAGGUGGCUGCUGAGCUGGCAAAGGGCACGCCACACUCGUUCCGCUUCCGAGUGCCACCCAACAAAGUCAUUAAGAUCAACGACCUUGUUCGAGGGGAGGUGGCAUGGAACACGGAUACCCUGGGUGACUUCGUGGUGCUGCGCAGCAACGGGCAGCCAGUGUACAACUUCUGUGUCACUGUGGACGACGCCACCAUGAAGAUCUCCCACGUCAUCAGAGCGGAGGAGCACUUGCCCAACACUCUGCGCCAGGCGCUCAUCUACGAGGCCCUGGGUCUGCCCAUGCCCACGUUCGGCCACGUGUCGCUCAUCCUCGCCCCCGACCGCUCCAAGCUCUCCAAGCGCCACGGCGCCACCUCCGUUGGGCAGUUCAAGGAGCUGGGAUUCCUACCAGAGGCGAUGGUGAACUACCUGGCGCUGCUGGGGUGGAACGACGGCACGGAGGACGAGAUCUUCACGCCCUCGCAGCUCGUUGAGAAGUUCUCUCUCUCACGCGUCACCAAGUCCGCCGCCAUCUUCGACAACGCCAAGCUGCGCUGGAUCAACGGCCAGCACUUCCGCCAGCUGUCCGAGGAAGCUUCUACGCAGCUGCUCGCCGAGCAGUGGCAUGCCAGUGGCCUGCUGGCAUCAGCAGAUGCUACCAGCCGCACCACGCAGGCAGCAGCAUCAUUGGUGCGCAACGGGCUGGAGCUGGUCACAGAUGCCGAUGCAGCACUGGAGGCGCUGCUGGCAUUCCCUCUCAAGGAGACGCUCGCCAGCGAGGAGGCCAAGGCAGUGGUGGAGGACGGGCUGGACGAAGUGAGGGCGGCGCUGCUGGCGGAGUGGGAGAGCGGAGCACUGCUGGCAGCGGUGGAUGGCGGCGCUGCCACGUGGAAGAAGUGGAUCAAGGGGUUCGGCAAGGCCACUGGCCGCAAGGGCAAGCGCCUCUUCAUGCCCAUCCGCGUGCUGCUCACAGGCUGCAUGCACGGGCCUGAUGUGGGGGAGACACUCACCAUGCUGCAGCACGCAGCAGCGGAUAAGGCGCUGGGGCCCAAGGCUCACUGCGUGGGGCUGGAGGAGCGGAUUAGCAUCCUUAGGGAUGCAGACCUUACUGCUGCUCCUGAUGCUGCUGAGGCUGUGGCUGCAAGCGUGGCACAAUGA